UAGAGCGCUGUAUGCACUACUGAGAGUGUGAGGAGCUCCGAAAUUUUUUUCCACACACACCCACACACACACACACACACACACACACACACACACCGGCAUGCUUUAAGCCGAAUACGUUUCUAGUGGGAGAAACUAUGAAUAGGGAUAAAGUGCAGGUGGGCGACAUCUCCAUCGAACCGCCGACGACUGGCAUCGCUGCACAAACAGCAGUAAUCGUGGUCGCGUCUCCGGAAAGCAUGGACAUGGACGCGCACGGGGAAAAGCGCAUCGCUUCCGGUGAGUUGGCUGUGUUUUCCUGCCCUGCAGCCAGAGAUGUGCUUCAGGCGGAAAGCCGAGAGAACUCCGUGCGCCAGGACGCACCGGCGCUUCCUCCAGCCAGCGCUCCUCGGACCACUUCGUUCUCAGUGCUGGACAUUUUGGACCCAAAUAAGUUCACAAGCAAAAGGCAGCCAGCCAACAGGACAGGCUGUGACUCCGGCUGUGGGUUCGGGACAGAAAACAGAGGCGAAGAUUCCAAUCACGCAGCAGAUCAGAAAGCAUAUCCCGAAGAGUACGACUGCAAGAAAUCGUCCGGGAUGCUAAAGGAUGGCUUCGUGUUCAGAUCUGCAGAGUGUGAGAAUGAUUUUGCGCGUGGGAAUCACACGGACAGCGAGCUGCAGGAUGAUCUGUGCAGUGAGGAGAGCAGCGGCGCGCUCACCGGAAACCCCGACGGAGAGGACGAGGACCCGGCCAUGAAAAGCCCGAGUCCGGGCAGCCAGCAGAGCCAGCAGUCCUCCUCAAAUGGACAGAACCAACAAGGCAAGCCGAAGAGAAAACGCUCCGGCUCGGAUUCGAAGUCCGGAAAGCCGAGAAGAGCUCGGACUGCGUUCACAUACGAGCAGCUCGUGGCGCUGGAGAACAAGUUCAAGUCGACGCGCUACCUUUCCGUGUGCGAGCGCCUCAACCUGGCGCUGUCACUGAGUUUAACGGAGACGCAGGUGAAAAUCUGGUUUCAGAACCGCCGGACAAAGUGGAAGAAGCAGAACCCGGGAGCAGACACUAGCGCUCCGACGGGUGGUGGCGGUGGAGGAGGACCGAACGGACCGGGCGCCGGUUUGGGCGGCUUGAGUCCCCUCAGUCCGUCUCCACCCAUGAGCGGUCAUCUAUCAAUGCACACCAGCUAUCCAAGUCACACACCUGGAGGACUAAUGUGCACUACUCAGUUACCCUUCCUGCCUAGUCAUGCAGUACUGUCCCCGUUCAUGCUGAGCUCGCAGACGUACGGAGCGCCCGCCUUUUACACGCCGCACUUGUAAGAACACUCUUCUGUAAAUACACUGAAAUAAGAUCAAACCCCAGAACUGGCACACCCCGAGCAACGCACUUUCCAUCCUGUGAUGGCCAAAACACGGACGGGGAGGAGAGGAGGAGGAGGAGGGAUGUGUAUCAUUUGAGGCACUUUCUGUUAGCUUAACUUCUCCAAAGCAUUCGAUGCAUGAGAGAAGACUAAAAUGCUAAAAUGCUGAAAUAACUGUUGAUGUACUCGAGAGCGUGUCGGACAGCAGCAACCCCUGAAAGUCACCCUGACGCACAACAGACAGCUCCAGUUAUCCUCAUGUCCAAGUCGUUAUACCUACAUUUGAUUCCAGAAGUGGUAUUUCGUUAGGUUUUGAAUCACUAAAAUGUGAGCAUUUUCCUGGCUCAGACUGUAAAUAUUAUCACGAAUAUAUGUUAGGCACUAAUUUUGAAUGCAAAUGCGCAAAUAGUAAGGAAUCAGUGGGAAUUUAAAAAAAAAGAAGAAAAAAAAAGAAAAGAAAAGAAGAAGAAGAAGAAAAAAAAAGAAAGAAGAUAUGUAUCCAAAUCAUAAACGAAUCUGUGUAAUUAAAAUACGAUUCGGAACUUUUUAAA